AUGGAUACGCACACGCGGUGGAAAAGGCGCAGUUGGAUACGGAGCUGCUCGGUGCCCGCUGCGCUGCUGCUCUUGGGUGCCCUGUCCCUCGGCCGGGCAGCUGAACCUGCAGACCUCUUGAAGGUGUUAGAUUUUCAUAAUUUACCUGAUGGUAUCACAAAAACCACGGGGUUUUGCACAAGCAGAAGAUCUUCAAAAGAAGCAGAUGUUGCUUACAGAGUAACAAAAGAUGCUCAGCUCAGUGCCCCAACAAAGCAGCUGUAUCCUGCUUCCCCCUUCCCAGAGGACUUCUCCAUUCUAACCACUGUAAAAGCGAAGAAAGGAGGUCAGUCCUUCUUGAUCUCAAUUUACAAUGAGCAAGGGAUCCAGCAAAUUGGUGUGGAGUUGGGUAGAUCUCCUGUAUUCCUGUAUGAAGACCAUACAGGAAAGCCAGGCCCAGAAGACUAUCCUCUCUUUAGAGGCAUUAACCUAGCAGAUGGCAAGUGGCACCGGGUGGCUCUGAGCGUGCAGAAGAAAAAUGUGACCUUGGUUCUGGACUGUAAGAAGAAAAUCACCAAGUUCCUGGACCGGAGCGAGCACCCCAUCAUCGACGUCAACGGCAUCAUCGUCUUUGGCACCAGGAUCUUGGAUGAGGAGGUCUUUGAGGGUGACAUCCAGCAGCUCCUGAUCGUGGCGGACCCGCGCGCAGCCCUGGAGUACUGCGAGCACUACAGCCCCGACUGUGACACCGCCAUCCCUGACUCCCCCCAGUCCCAGGACCCCAACCAGGAUGAAUACUACACGGACGGGGAGGGAGAAGGUGACACUUACUACUACGAGUACCCUUACUACGAGGACGUGGAUGAAGCUGUCAAACCAGAAACCCCCACCACCAAACCCAGCCCUCCUGAAGUGGCUGCUGGAGAGAAACCCGAAACCAAGCAGGAAUAUCCAGCUCCCACAGCACCCCCUGAGAGAGGGAACCCCGGGAAGCAGGCCAAGGAGGAUGGAGCAGUGGAUGAUCCCCUGGUUGAUGAGUACAACUACGAGACCAUCAACGAGGAGUAUUUUACUCCCAUGCCCUAUGAGGAUAUCAACUACAACGAGGAAAUCGAUCCCCAGGGUGGCCUCACUGAAAAUGCAGUGGAAGCUGAGCUCCCCACGAGCACUGUCGUCACCUAUAAUGACACUGAUGCUGCUCAAGGAGGGGAUGACCUGGACAAAGAUUUCACUGAGGAAACCAUAAAGGAAUAUGAUGGGAAUUAUUAUGACAGUUAUUACGACCGGACAGCCUCUCCUGACAUUGGCCCAGGCAUGCCAGCCAACCAGGACACCAUCUACGAAGGGAUUGGUGGCCCCCGGGGUGAGAAGGGGCAGAAGGGGGAACCUGCCAUCAUUGAGCCGGGAAUGCUGGUGGAAGGCCCCCCUGGUCCUGAAGGCCCAGCAGGCCUUCCAGGACCUCCAGGACCAACUGGACCCGUGGGCUUGAUGGGUGACCCAGGGGAGAGGGGCCCACCUGGACGCCCAGGUCUCCCAGGAGCUGAUGGAUUGCCAGGACCACCAGGGACAAUGCUUAUGCUGCCUUUCCGCUUCAGCGGCGGAGGCGACGCCGGCUCCAAGGGACCCAUGGUGUCAGCGCAGGAGGCCCAGGCCCAGGCCAUCCUGCAGCAGGCCAGGCUGGCACUGAGGGGACCAGCGGGACCCAUGGGGCUGACGGGGCGGCCGGGCCCGAUGGGACCCCCGGGCAGUGGAGGACUGAAGGGAGAAGCUGGAGAAAUGGGACCUCAGGGCCCACGAGGCAUCCAGGGUCCUCCCGGUCCUGCAGGGAAGCCAGGCCGCAGGGGACGAGCUGGCAGUGACGGCGCCCGGGGCAUGCCAGGCCAGACAGGACCAAAGGGUGACCGAGGCUUUGAUGGCUUGGCUGGUUUGCCUGGUGAGAAGGGAAACAGGGGUGAGCCAGGCCCCCACGGCCCCCCAGGAGCUCCUGGAGAGGAUGGGGAGAGGGGAGAUGAUGGAGAAGUUGGACCCAGAGGUCUCCCUGGAGAACCUGGACCCCGAGGAUUGCUGGGCCCCAAGGGACCCCCAGGACCCCCAGGGCCCCCGGGCGUGGCUGGCAUGGAUGGACAAACAGGUCCCAAAGGGAAUGUGGGCCCUCAGGGCGAGCCAGGGCCCCCAGGACAGCAGGGGAACCCCGGGGCUCAGGGUCUCCCAGGUCCGCAAGGCGCCAUCGGUCCCCCAGGAGAGAAAGGCCCUCUGGGCAAACCUGGUCUCCCUGGCAUGCCUGGUGCUGAUGGGCCCCCGGGUCACCCUGGCAAGGAAGGUCCUCCUGGAGAGAAGGGCAGUCAGGGUCCCCCAGGUCCUCAGGGCCCCAUUGGUUAUCCAGGACCCCGUGGAGUCAAGGGAGCAGAUGGAGUUCGUGGGCUGAAAGGCACCAAGGGGGAAAAGGGUGAAGAUGGUUUCCCUGGCUUCAAAGGUGACAUGGGCAUCAAAGGAGACCGGGGGGAAAUUGGCCCCCCUGGCCCUCGGGGUGAGGACGGGCCCGAAGGUCCCAAAGGUCGCUCUGGCCCCAAUGGAGAUCCAGGUCCUCUUGGUCCUGCUGGAGAGAAGGGAAAACUCGGCGUGCCAGGAUUGCCUGGGUAUCCAGGCAGGCAGGGCCCCAAGGGCUCCAUCGGCUUCCCAGGAUUCCCAGGAGCCAACGGAGAGAAGGGUACAAGGGGCACUCCUGGCAAACCAGGUCCAAGGGGGCAGCGUGGUCCCACGGGUCCACGUGGGGAAAGAGGCCCCAGGGGAAGCACUGGAAAGCCUGGCCCAAAGGGCAACUCUGGUGGUGAUGGCCCCCCUGGUCCUCCUGGAGAAAGGGGACCACCAGGGCCUCAAGGACCGACUGGAUUUCCUGGACCAAAAGGGCCCCCUGGUCCUCCUGGGAAGGAUGGAUUGCCUGGGCACCCUGGACAGAGAGGAGAAACUGGUUUCCAAGGCAAGACCGGCCCUCCAGGCCCCCCUGGUGUCGUAGGGCCUCAGGGUCCAACUGGUGAGACUGGGCCCAUGGGUGAGCGAGGCCACCCGGGCCCUCCAGGCCCCCCAGGUGAACAAGGCCUCCCUGGCCUCACUGGAAAAGAAGGGACCAAGGGGGAUCCUGGCCCUGCUGGCCUCCCAGGGAAGGAUGGUCCUCCUGGACUGAGAGGGUUCCCUGGAGAACGAGGCCUCCCUGGCCCCAUUGGUUCUCCAGGACUGAAAGGCAAUGAAGGUCCCCCAGGCCCUCCAGGCCCAGCCGGCUCUCCUGGGGAACGUGGCCCUGCAGGAUCAGCUGGCCCUAUAGGAUUGCCAGGCAGACCUGGCCCUCAGGGACCUCCAGGACCUGCAGGUGAAAAGGGAGCUCCAGGGGAGAAGGGUCCCCAAGGACCGGCUGGCCGGGAUGGCAUCCAGGGCCCCGUGGGACUGCCGGGACCAGCAGGUCCUGUUGGACCUCCAGGAGAGGAUGGAGACAAGGGUGAGAUCGGGGAGCCUGGGCAGAAGGGCAGCAAAGGUGACAAGGGGGAGCAGGGUCCCCCAGGCCCCACUGGUCCCCAGGGUCCAAUUGGUCAGCCUGGCCCAGCUGGAGCUGAUGGAGAGCCUGGGCCCCGAGGACAGCAAGGCCUCUUUGGUCAGAAAGGUGAUGAAGGACCCCGAGGGUUCCCUGGUCCCCCUGGCCCUGUGGGCUUGCAGGGCCUGCCUGGACCGCCUGGGGAGAAGGGAGAAACGGGUGACGUUGGCCAGAUGGGCCCACCAGGCCCACCAGGACCCAGAGGUCCAUCUGGGCCACCAGGAGCAGACGGUCCACAGGGUCCUCCUGGAGGAAUAGGAAACCCUGGUGCAGUAGGAGAGAAGGGUGAACCUGGGGAAUCUGGUGAGCCUGGUCUCCCUGGAGAGGUUGGCCUGCCGGGCCCUAAAGGUGAAAGAGGUGAAAAGGGGGAAGCAGGUCCCUCUGGUGCUGCUGGUCCACCUGGCCCCAAAGGCCCACCAGGUGAUGAUGGCCCCAAAGGCAGCCCUGGUCCAGUUGGUUUCCCUGGUGACCCUGGUCCUCCUGGAGAGCCUGGUCCAGCUGGUCAAGACGGUCCUCCUGGUGACAAAGGUGAUGAUGGUGAACCUGGACAGACUGGUUCCCCUGGGCCCACAGGAGAGCCAGGCCCCUCUGGACCCCCUGGAAAAAGGGGCCCUCCUGGUCCAGCUGGUCCUGAAGGAAGGCAAGGAGAGAAAGGAGCCAAGGGGGAAGCUGGUUUGGAAGGACCUCCUGGGAAGACUGGACCCAUUGGUCCCCAAGGUGCUCCAGGGAAGCCUGGUCCUGAUGGCCUCCGUGGGAUCCCCGGUCCAGUUGGUGAACAAGGUCUCCCGGGAUCCCCUGGCCCAGAUGGUCCUCCAGGCCCAAUGGGCCCUCCGGGUUUGCCUGGUCUGAAAGGAGACUCUGGUCCUAAAGGAGAGAAGGGUCACCCAGGUUUAAUUGGUCUCAUUGGGCCACCAGGAGAGCAGGGAGAAAAGGGUGACAGAGGCCUCCCAGGGCCCCAGGGCUCAGCAGGACCCAAGGGAGAGCAGGGUAUCACAGGUCCCUCUGGACCCAUUGGACCUCCAGGGCCCCCAGGAUUACCGGGUCCACCUGGUCCCAAGGGUGCUAAAGGCUCAUCAGGUCCCACAGGUCCCAAGGGUGAAUCAGGUCUUCCUGGGCCCCCAGGGCCUCCUGGUCCUCCUGGAGAAGUCAUCCAGCCCCUGCCCAUCCAGGCUGCCAAGAGGACCAGGAGGAACAUUGAUGCCAGCCAGCUGCUGGACGAUGGCAAUGCUGACAACUACAUGGACUAUGCUGAUGGCAUGGAGGAGAUUUUUGGCUCCCUGAACUCCUUGAAACUGGAAAUUGAGCAGAUGAAGCAUCCCCUGGGCACUCAGCACAACCCAGCACGCACCUGCAAGGACCUGCAGCUCUGCCACCCUGAUUUCCCAGAUGGUGAAUACUGGGUUGAUCCCAACCAAGGGUGCUCCAGGGACUCUUUCAAAGUUUACUGUAAUUUCACAGCUGGUGGAGAGACCUGCAUCUUCCCUGAUAAGAAAUCUGAAGGAGCUAGAAUUACUUCCUGGCCCAAGGAAAACCCAGGCUCGUGGUUCAGUGAAUUCAAGCGCGGUAAACUGCUCUCCUACGUGGACUCGGACGGGAACCCCAUCGGGGUGGUGCAGAUGACCUUCCUGCGUCUGCUGAGCGCCUCGGCCCGCCAGAACAUCACCUACAACUGCUACCAGUCGGUGGCCUGGCACGAUGCCACCACCAACAGCUACGACAAGGCCAUCCGCUUCCUGGGCUCCAACGACGAGGAGAUGUCCUACGACAACAACCCCUACAUCCGGCCUGCCCUCGACGGCUGCGCGGCAAGGAAGGGCUACCAGAAAACCAUCCUGGAGAUCAACACGCCCAAAGUGGAGCAGGUCCCCAUAGUCGACAUCAUGUUCAAUGACUUCGGAGAAGCGGCACAGAAAUUUGGAUUCGAGGUGGGACCAGCUUGCUUCCUGGGCUAAAAGAGCCACCUGAACCUAGUCUCCAAAUGAGCAACCUCGUAACCUCAUUGCGCCAUUUAAUUAAAAACAAAAAAAGAGAAAAAAGAAAAAAAAACGGAGAAAAAAAAAGAAUUCCUCGUCACGUGCACGGUCUGAAACUGGACAGCGAUGGGUUAUUAUUUUUUUUUCCCCUCCUCCCCCCCUAUUUUGUUGUGUCCCUGGUUUUGCCCCAGCCCCUCUGUGCCCCCCUCAGCCAUUCCCAGGAUGGAUAUGGAAUCUCAUGACCGACAGCCACACACGGAGACCUGGCCCUGUCCCUGCUGCCACCGAGCUGAGCCCACCUCCAGCAAACUCCUCCUGCUUCCUCCUCCU